AUGACGACCUUUUCGCGCCCCGUUGCCUCGAGCAUCGCCGGGGUUGAAUUUACCGUCUACUCCGAUGAAGAGAUUAAAAAGCUGUCGGUGAAAAGAAUUCACAAUACUCCGACCUUGGAUUCUUUUAACAACCCAGUUCCUGGUGGUCUCUAUGACCCUGCAAUGGGAGCAUGGGGUGAUCAUGUGUGUACUACAUGUCGUCAAAAUUCUUGGUCUUGCACUGGUCACGCUGGUCACGUUGAGCUUCCUAUUCCCGUUUACAAUGUCACGUUCUUCGAUCAUAUCUAUCGCCUUUUGCGGGCUCAAUGUGUGUACUGUCAUCGCCUGCAGAUGUCUCGCGCAGAGGUCAACAUGUACACUUGCAAGUUGCGCCUGUUACAAUUCGGCCUCGUCGACGAAGUCGCCAUUGUUGACUCGAUGGGAUCUGUCAAGGGAGCUACAUCCAAACCUGGCAAGGGUGGUAAGGGCGACGACUCUGAGGAUGAGGAAGAUGAUGAAUCUUUCAUGGAAAAGCGGGUAGCCUACGUCGAUCGGGCUAUCAACCAGGCCAAGAAAGAUGGAAGACUUGUUGGCUUAAUGGCUGGCGCAAAGAACCCAAUUGCUGCAGAGCAGAGAAGAGAGCUGGUCAAAAACUUCCUCAAGGACAUCAACAGCAACCGGAAAUGCAGCAACUGUAAUGGUAUUUCUCCUUCUUACCGAAAGGACCGCUACAACAAGAUCUUUAAGAAGGCGCUCCCCGAAAAGUCGAAAUUGGCCAUGCUGCACGGCGGAUUCCAGGCCCCCAAUCCCCUGGUCCUACUCGACUCCGAAAACAAGGCUGCCAAAAAGAAUGGCACCCGCUCUCAGAGUGUAGUGUCAGAGGUACAUGGUGCGGAGGAAGAAAUCCUGCGUGGUGCUGCCGUUACAAACCAGGCAAGCUCUUUUGGACAGGAGUUUAUGACUUCAUCUGAGGUCUACAGCUGUUUGAAGCUCCUUUUCGCCAAGGACGGCGAAGUUCUGCAACUCGUCUACAAUGGACAGCCUGUUUCAAAAGGAGCUAAGGUCGUCAGUGCGGAUAUGUUCUUCAUCAAGAACCUCAUUGUUCCUCCCAACAAAUACCGCCCGGCUGCCGCCCAAGGCCCGGGUGAGAUUAUGGAAGCGCAGCAGAACACCGCGUUCAACGCGAUCAUUAAGCAGUGUGACUUGAUCAACCAGAUCAGCAAAGAAAUCCAGAACAAGGACGAGGAAGAGAUGGCUAUGACCCGUGUACGGAACUACGGCGAUCUCCUCCUGGCAAUUGUUGCCCUUCAGGACCAUGUAAAUGGGCUGAUUGAUAAGGAGCGAACUGCUGUUACAGGGUCGGCAGUCGCAUCAUUGCCCAACGGUAUCAAGCAACUUCUGGAGAAGAAGGAGGGAUUGUUCCGAAAGAACAUGAUGGGUAAGCGUGUCAACUUCGCUGCUCGUAGUGUCAUUUCGCCCGACCCAAACCUUGAGACCAAUGAAAUUGGUGUUCCACUCGUGUUCGCGAAGAAGCUGACUUUCCCGGAACCUGUGACAAACCACAACUUCUGGGAGUUGAAGGAGGCUGUGAUCAACGGACCCGACAAGUACCCAGGUGCUGCUGCGAUUGAGAAUGAGAACGGUCAAGUUGUCAACUUGAAGUUCAAGAGCCUUGACGAACGUACAGCACUUGCCAAUCAGUUGCUGGCACCGUCAAACUGGCGUCAGAAGGGAUCACGGAAUAAGAAGGUCUACCGUCAUCUUACCACCGGUGAUUACGUCCUGAUGAACCGUCAGCCGACACUUCACAAGCCCUCUAUCAUGGGUCACAAGGCUCGUGUGCUUCCUAAUGAGAGGACUAUUCGCAUGCACUAUGCCAACUGUAACACCUACAACGCUGAUUUCGAUGGUGACGAAAUGAACAUGCAUUUCCCCCAAAACGAGCUUGCCCAAGCAGAGGCCCGCAUGCUUGCUGAUGCAGACCACCAGUACCUUGUCGCCACGUCCGGCAAGCCAUUGAGAGGUCUUAUUCAAGAUCAUAUUUCUAUGGGAGUCUGGUUGACUUGCCGUGAUAGUUUCUUCGACGAGGAGGAUUACCACCAACUUUUGUACAACUGCUUGAGACCCGAGAAUUCACACAUUGUUGGUGAUCGCAUCCAACUAGUGGCUCCAGCUUUUGUCAAGCCCAAGUACUUGUGGACUGGAAAGCAGAUUAUUACCACAAUCCUCAAAAACAUUCAGCCCCCGCAGCGUGCUGGUCUCACCCUCAAGGGCAAAUCCUCCACCCCUGCUAACCGAUGGGGUGAGGGCAGCGAGGAGGGUGAUGUUAUUUUCAAGGACGGAGAAUUCUUAUGUGGUAUUCUCGAUAAGAAGCAACUUGGACCGACUGCUGGUGGUCUGAUCGAUGCGAUCCACGAAGUCUAUGGCCACACAAUCGCUGGAAAGCUGAUGAGUAUCCUCGGUCGCCUGCUCACUAGAUUCUUGAACAUGCGCGCCUUUACUUGCGGUAUCGAUGAUCUUCGACUGACCAAGGAGGGUGAUCGUCUGCGCAAAGAGAAAUUGAGCACCGCUGCCCAAAUGGGUCGUGAGGUUGCUUUGAAGUAUGUGACGCUUGACAAGGUCUCUGCGGCCGACCAAGAUGCCGAGUUGAACCGUCGACUUGAAGAGGUGCUUCGUGACGAUGAGAAGCAGAGUGGACUGGAUAGUGUUUCCAACUCUCGCUCUGCCCUGCUUUCUUCAGAGAUUACCAAGGCUUGUCUCCCUACAGGUCUUGCGAAGCCCUUCCCCUGGAACCAGAUGCAGUCGAUGACAAUUUCUGGUGCCAAGGGUUCCGGUGUCAAUGCCAACCUGAUUUCUUGCAAUCUGGGACAGCAGGUUCUGGAAGGUCGUCGUGUACCGGUCAUGAUUAGUGGUAAAACUCUGCCAUCGUUCCGAGCUUACGAAACACACCCUAUUGCCGGUGGUUAUGUCUCGGGUCGUUUCUUGACUGGUAUCAAGCCUCAGGAAUACUACUUCCACGCUAUGGCUGGUCGUGAAGGUCUGAUCGAUACCGCUGUCAAGACAUCCCGUUCCGGUUAUUUGCAACGUUGUUUGAUUAAGGGUAUGGAGGGCUUGACUGCGCAGUACGAUUCCUCUGUUCGCGAGGCAUCGGAUGGAUCCAUCGUCCAGUUCUUGUACGGUGAAGACGGUCUCGACAUCACCAAACAAGUUCACCUCAAUGAUUUCGGUUUCCUUGCCGAGAACCACGAGUCAAUUAUGGAGCAAGUCCAAGCCCACUACCACAGCACUUUGGCAAAGGAUGAGGUUUCGACAUGGCACAAGGAUGCAAUGAAGAAGGUUCGGAAGACCGGAAAGAUCGACGCCAUGGAUCCUGUCUUGUCCCAGUAUCACCCUGGAGGUUACCUGGGCAGUACAUCCGAGGCGUUCUCCCAGGAACUGAAGAAGUACACGGACGCCAACCCGGACAAUCUCUUCAAGGAUAAGAAGAAGGAACUCGACGGAGUCGCCAAGUUCGUCGGUGACUUCCAGAAGAAGCUGUCUAAGAAAUCCUUCGAUGCUUUGAUGAACAUGAAGUACAUGAAGUCUAUUAUCGACCCUGGUGAGGCAGUCGGUAUCAUGGCCGGUCAGUCCGUCGGUGAGCCGUCAACACAGAUGACCCUGAACACCUUCCACUUGGCUGGUCACUCCGCAAAGAACGUCACACUGGGUAUUCCUCGUCUUCGUGAAAUUGUCAUGACCGCCAGUGCUUCGAUCAUGACACCCACUAUGACUCUUCUUCUCAACGACGAGCUUCCUAAGGAACACGCAGAGAAGUUUGCCAAGGCUAUUAGUAAGCUCAGCAUCGCUGAGGUUGUCGAUAAGAUCCAGGUGAAGGAGCGAAUCGGAGCAGGUGUUGGCUACUCGCGGGCCAAGAUCUACGACAUUGAUGUUACCUUCUUCCCUGCUGACGAAUACACCAAGGAGUAUGCUAUCGAGGUUAAGGAUUUGCAGAACGCCUUGCAGAGCAAGUUCAUUCCUCGCCUGGUGAAGCUCACCAAGGCCGAGCUGAAGAAGCGAAACGAAGACAAGACUGGAACCAAGUCCUCGACUGCCCAGCCUGAAAUUGGUGUCUCGGUUGGCAGGAUCCAGGAGGCCCCAAGUGGCCCUGACCGUGAGGCCGAACCCGCCGAGGACGAUAAUGAGGAUGAUGAGGAUGAUGCCAAGCGUUCCCGUGGAAGCAACAACCGAAGCAACCAGGUCUCAUACGAGGGACCGGAUGAUGAUGAGAAAGACAUCAUUAGACAACAGGACAGUUCGGAUGACGAAGACGAGGAUGAGAACACACAGACCUCCAAAUCAACCCGCGAUGUGCGAAUGGGCGACGCUGAAGACUCCGACGACGAGUCGGAGGACGAGGACAGCACCACUCGCGAGGACGACGUCAAGGGCAAGUUUGAGGAGAUUACCAAGUUCAAAUUCGACCCCAAGAACGGCACCUCGUGCUCCAUCCAGCUGCAAUACGACAUUGAGACACCCAAGCUUCUGCUUCUUCCCUUGGUCGAGGCCGCAGCUCAUCACGCUGUGAUCCAGUCUAUUCCCAGCAUCGGAAACUGUGUCUUUGUUGACGGCGACGAUGUGAAGGGAGAGCCUGCGACUGUCCUCACUGAUGGUGUCAACCUGCUCGCUAUGCGCGAUUACCAGGAUAUCAUCAAGCCGCACUCCAUCUACUGUAACUCCAUUCACGACAUGCUGCACUACUACGGUGUUGAGGCUGCUCGUGCCACCAUUGUUCGUGAAAUGGACGCCGUUUUCAAGGGUCACAGUAUUUCCGUUGACAACCGUCACUUGAACCUGAUUGGUGAUGUGAUGACCCAGUCCGGUGGAUUCAAGGCCUUCAGCCGUAACGGUCUGGUCAAAGAUUCCACCUCGGCCUUUGCUCGUAUGUCUUUCGAGACUACAGUGGGUGCUCUCAAGGACGCCGUGCUUGAGAGAGAUGUCGAGAACCUGAAGGGCCCCAGUGCCAGGAUUGUUGUUGGUCGCGCUGGUACCGUUGGAACCGGUGCCUUUGACGUCCUUGCUCCUGUUGCAUAG